UGAAUUUUGAGCUGUGAUUUUUGAGUGUUCUUUCGUCGUGUGCCGGUUACCAAUUUUUCUUCGGUUACAUUAGUUUUUCAGUUAGUUGUAAGUUGAUUAAGAAUACAGAAUAACAUAAUGAUUACAGAACCGACAGUAUCGUUGAUACAGGUAUUAGAAAAGACUAUAUCACCAGAUCGAAAUGAAUUGGAAGCAGCAGAAAAAUACCUUGACCAUGCAGCUGUAUCGAACUUUACAAUUUUCAUCAAGAUGUUAUCAGAUGUGCUGGUCCAGGGAGGCAAUAGUCAAGUGGCUAGAAUGGCUGCUGGCUUGCAGUUAAAAAAUCACCUGACCUCGAAAGACCCUACACUAAAACAACAAUACCAGCAGAGAUGGCUAGAUCUAUCAGAAGAUACAAGACUCUACAUAAAAAAAAAUAUUCUAGCAGCAAUCGGUACAGAGAAUAGUAGGCCCAGUUCUGCUGCCCAAUGUGUUGCAUAUGUAGCAGUAGCAGAACUAGCUGUAGGACAAUGGAAUGGUCUGAUUCCCAUUUUAGUUGAAAAUGUGGUCAAUCUUCAAUCAACAGAACUAAAGAAAGAAGCAAGCUUAGAGGCUAUUGGUUAUAUUUGUCAGGAAAUUGAUGCUGAAGUACUAACAGAACAAAGUAAUGCAAUUUUAACUGCCAUUAUCCAUGGCAUGAGAUCAUCUGAACCAAGUUCUCAUGUUCGCUUAGCUGCCACUCAAGCUCUGCUCAAUUCGCUUGAAUUCACCAGGGCUAAUUUUGAUAAAGAAAAUGAGAGGAAUUUUAUCAUGGAAGUUGUCUGUGAGGCAACACAAUCCCUUGAUAUGAGGAUUAGUGUAGCGGCACUUCAGUGUUUAGUGAAAAUAUUAUCUCUAUAUUACCAAUAUAUGGAACCAUAUAUGGGACAAGCUCUUUUCCCUAUUACAUUAGAAGCCAUGAAAUCUGACAUUGAUGAGAUAUCAUUACAAGGAAUAGAGUUUUGGUCAAAUGUAAGCGAUGAAGAAAUAGAUCUAGGAAUUGAAAUGGCAGAGGCAAAUGAAGCAGGCCGGCCACCAGUUAGAACAUCAAGAUUCUAUGCCCGAGGGGCUUUGCAGUAUAUUGCUCCAGUGCUAAUGCAAAAACUUACAAAACAGGAAGACUCUGAUGAUGAACUUGAAUGGAACCCAUCCAAAGCUGCUUCGGUGUGUUUGAUGCUGCUUUCAAAUUGCUGUGAAGAUGACAUUGUUCCUCAUGUUUUGCCAUUUAUUCAAUCAAACAUAAAAAGUGAAAAUUGGAGAUUCAGAGAAGCAGCUCUAAUGGCAUUUGGUUCUAUCUUAGGUGGUUUAGAAUCCGCUACUUUAAAACCACUAGUAGAAGAAGCUAUGCUGACUCUCAUUCAAGCUAUGUAUGAUUCAAGUGUAGCGGUAAGAGAUACAGCAGCUUGGACAUUUGGUAGAAUAUGUGAAAUUGUCCCAGAAGCAGCCAUCAACGAUACCUAUCUUAAACCACUUCUAGAAAGUCUCAUGAGUGGACUGAAGGGGGAACCCCGAGUCGCAGCGAAUGUCUGCUGGGCGUUUACGGGAUUAGCCGAAGCUGCAUACGAAGCCGCCGAUUGCAGCGACUCUCAUCAGCCCAAGACAUACUGCAUGUCCACAUACUUCGAUUACAUUGUUGAACGCCUUCUAGAGACCACAGACCGCCAAGAUGCAGCACAGCAUAAUUUGCGAUCAGCUGCUUAUGAGGCUCUCAUGGAAAUGGUUAAAAACUCUCCAACUGACUGUUAUGUCACAGUGCAGAAAACUACAAUGGUCAUAUUAGAGCGGUUGCAGCAGGUGCUUCAAAUGGAGAAUCAUAUCUCUAGCCAAGUUGAUAGGUCUCAGUUGAUUGAUCUUCAGAGCCUGCUAUGUGCCACUCUGCAAUCGGUCCUUCGCAAGGUAACGCCAGAGGAUGCACCGCAAAUAUCUGACGCAAUUAUGACGGCGCUGUUGACGAUGUUCGCCGGUAAUGCCGGCAAGGCUGGGGGAGUUCAGGAAGAUGCUUUAAUGGCAGUAUCUACAUUAGUUGAAGUGUUAGGGGAAGGUUUUCUUAAAUAUAUGGAUGCUUUCAAACAAUAUCUUUAUGUUGGUCUUAAAAAUCACCAAGAGUAUCAAGUUUGCAUAGCUGCUGUGGGUGUUACAGGUGACAUAUGCCGUGCGCUAAAAAGUAAGGUGCUGCCUUACUGUGAUGAAAUCAUAGUACUAUUACUGCAGAAUCUUGGUGACCCAUCAAUCCAUCGUUCAGUAAAACCUCAAAUUCUGUCAGUGUUUGGAGAUAUAGCUCUCAGUAUCGGGCCUGACUUUAAGACAUAUUUUGAUGUAGUCAUGCAAAUGUUGCUGCAGGCCAGCAACGCACAAGUGGAUCGCACUGACUAUGAUAUGGUAGAAUAUUUAUGUGAGUUACGGGAAAGCGUGCUAGAGGCGUACACUGGUAUUAUUCAAGGAUUGAAGGGCACAAGUGGCGAAAUACAAGUGGACGUAGCCGUAGUGGAACCACACGUUGGUGCGAUUGUGAAUUUCAUGAUCCAAGUGGCGUCGGAGCCGGAGCGCACGGACGGGCACAUGUCUGUGAUCGCGGGGCUCACGGGCGAUCUGUGCACGGUGUUUGGGCAGCGCGUGCUGCCGUUGUUGGAGACGCGGCCGUUGCUGGACCUGUUGCAGGCUGCGCGCAUGUCCCGCACGCCGCGCACCAAAACCCUCGCCAACUGGGCCACCAAGGAGAUCCGCAAGCUCAAGCAGCAGGCGCCGCUCGCUAGCUGAUUUGAAUCAUCAUGGAACAAAAGUGAUGUAACGAAGUUUCAAACAACUUACUGCUGGUAAAUUCAAUGUAUUAUUGGGAGGUCAUAUCAUGACAUCGUUUUUAAGUCGUUAGGUGCAUAAUUUAACUGGGUCAUUAAUAGUUGCUUAUUAUUUUUAAUUUACUACACAUAAUACAUUUCAGUCUUCCAAUAUUAAUUUAUUACUUAUUUAAUAUAUGUAUGUUCCAAUACAUAUAUUUAGAUAUGAUUUUUUUCUAUUGUAACUUGAAUUCUCUAUAUUUGAAAUAAUCUACCGUUUUCGCUUAUUUAAUGUUUUUUUUUUGUGUAUGGGAGUACAAAAAGGUUUGUUUUUAUUAUGAAUCACUUAGUGGUUACAAGGCCAAUGCACCUAGCGCAGCACUUGAAAUACUGUGUAAUGCCUCACCAUAAUCUUUCCGUAAUAUUCUAAAAAAAUAUUAAAGCAUUUUCCUAUUUGGUAUUAUAGAUACAGACAGUGGCUGUGGUAUCUUUACUUAUGUGAUGCGAAAGAGAGUUGUAUGGAAGUUGAUGUAUGUUAUUUUAGGCAUGAUGCACAUUUGCAAGGGAUUAUGAAUUGUAUAAAUUUGUUUUGUAAGGUAUGAAAGUAUCUAUGAAAGAUGAAGAAUGGAUGGUGAUAUGUGUAUGUGAAUAAACAUAUUUUGUAAACUAAGACAUGUAUCAGCCCCUGAAAAGGAUUGGUAUCUUUGUCAUAAGGUUUCACGAGCGAGACGUAAGGACGCCAUAUUGGUGCCCAAUUCUUUUGUUUCAUCACGAUAAUUUCCAAUACUUGUGAUAGUUAUUAAAAAAAAUGUAUUGCAUCGCCACAAUAUUGCAAGUACAUUUAGAAUUUUCCACGACUAUUUCGUAAUUUUACAAAAAAAAAAAAAAUAAUAAAAUAAAUUUUGUGAUGAACAAAAAGAAAUUAUUGCCUUUAUUCUCAAGCUCAAGUUUUGUACAUAUGUAAUUAACAGCUCUUUCUUGACAUACAUAAUACAUUUUAUUGGCCGAGAAAGCACUGACAAGUAAAAUAUUAAGAUACAUUCUGUACUGCCGUUAUUUUGUGUUGUUAAAAAAUUUCGUUUUAGAAUCUCAGUUGUUUAGUAAUUUUAAAACUCUUGACGAUUUUGAAUGUUGAAUUUGUUUCUUUUAUGAAGUUUAAUAAUAUUAAUUGGUUAAAUAAACUAAUUUGUUAGUAUUAUCAGUAAAUAGUUAACAACGUCCAAUCUAAGCUAUAAUAAUUUAUACACAGACAAUAAUACUUCCUUUAAUCAAUUGUAAAUUUUGUUUUGCUAUUUAUGUCAGUGCCUUAAAGCAUUCGAAGAUUUUUCGGGUUCGGAAUUCCUUAUCGCGUAAAUGUUUAACAUUCACGUGAUUUUGAUUUUAAGGGAUAUCGAGGGCUGAAUCUGUUUCCCAGUAACACUAGUUAUAGCAGUAACUGACUGUAAGAUCUUAAUGAGAGCGGAAUGUAAAACAGAUUGUUUUAAUUUAAUUCGUAUUUAGAGUGUUUGCUAGUCUGUGAGCAUCACUGACAGGGAUGAUGUUUGCGCGAAUUAUGCAAGAUUUAUAUGAGAUGUCUGUUGUUACUGUGCAGCUCUUGGACAUAACCAGCUAUGAAAUAGGAAACGGCACGAAGCAAAUUAAUGACUGGUAGUUAUUGUAUAAUUUUUUAGGAUAAAAUCUUUUGCUAAAAGCGAAUAUCGCCGCUGUGUUCAAGAGCUGACUGUUAACAUUGUGUUUUACUUGAUGUGUGUAUAUGUCCAUGUUAUUACAUACUGACCGUUUAUUUCUUCGCGAAACUUUUUCAUAUUAUGUACUUAUAUUAUGGAUGAUAGGAGAAUAUGUAUGAGGACUAGUGCCAUGCCAUGAAAGGUUCUGAAUUAGAAUCAUAGGCAUUGAGUCGAUGAAUACCACCCACUUUUCCUGCGCGGAUCAAAUAUUUAGAAGAGUAUUUUGUUACAUCUUUAUUUCAUUUGUUUUACCCACAAAUACUAUCCUGUAAACCGUUCUAUGAUAAUAAAAGCAAAUUUAAAUUA